AAAAAAAAUACACAAACAACAAUCACUACAGUACAGCGGCGAUAGAAACAGAAAGAUGUAUCCGUGAAAGGAAAGCGCAACUCUGAAGUUAUACCAGCCCAGCUGCUGCUACUCCAACCCGAGCUGUGCAUGCCGAUGGUGCCGAGCUCAUGAACUUGGCCAGUCAGAGCGGGGAUGCUGGCGGAAGCCAGCUCCUCUUCGCCAACUUUAACCAGGACAACACGUCCUUAGCUGUCGGCACCAAAUCAGGAUACAAGUUUUUCUCCUUGUCCUCAGUGGACAAAUUGGAGCAGAUUUAUGAAUGUACUGACACGGAGGAUGUGUGUAUCGUGGAGCGUCUGUUCUCCAGCAGCCUCGUGGCCAUCGUGAGCCUGAAGGCGCCCAGGAAGCUCAAAGUCUGUCACUUCAAGAAAGGAACGGAGAUCUGCAACUAUUCCUAUUCCAACACCAUCCUGGCUGUGAAGCUCAACAGACAGAGGCUGAUUGUGUGUCUGGAGGAGUCGCUUUACAUUCACAACAUCAGAGACAUGAAAGUGCUGCACACUAUCAGAGAGACCCCGCCCAACCCGUCAGGGUUGUGUGCCCUCUCCAUCAGCAACGACAACUGUUACCUGGCGUACCCGGGGAGCGCAACGAUAGGAGAGGUUCAAGUGUUCGACACGGUCAAUCUGCGGGCAGCAAAUAUGAUUCCAGCCCAUGACAGCCCGUUAGCAGCUCUGGCGUUCGAUGCCAGUGGCACCAAACUCGCCACGGCCUCGGAGAAGGGCACAGUCAUCCGUGUCUUCUCCAUCCCAGAGGGACAGAAGCUCUUUGAGUUUCGGCGAGGGGUCAAGAGGUGCGUGAGCAUCUGCUCGUUGGCGUUCAGUAUGGAAGGACUGUACCUGUCCGCCUCCAGCAACACAGAAACAGUCCACAUUUUCAAACUGGAGACACAGAAAGAGAAGUACGUGCCAGCAGAGGAACCCACCACAUGGGGAGGGUAUUUGGGGAAGGUCCUGAUGGCGUCCACCACCUACCUGCCGUCGCAGGUCACAGAGAUGUUCACCCAYGGCCGAGCCUUCGCCACAGUUCGCCUGCCUUUCUGCGGGCACAAAAACAUCUGCGCCUUAGCUGUGAUUCAGAAGAUUCCCAGGCUGCUGGUUGCUGCAGCUGAUGGAUACUUGUACCUGUACAACUUGGAUCCACAGGAGGGAGGAGAGUGCACGCUCAUGAAGCAGCACAGAUUAGACAGCAGUACCGAGACCCCCAAUGAGAUCUUGGAGCAGGGGUCACAUGAUCGCCCCCUCGUGGCCCAAACCUACAGUGCAGCUGUCACUAAAGGUUACUGCGAAGAGCAAGGCGCCGUGGGAGGGGCGGGGCUCGAAGAAGACCUCAGCGACCUACGCUUGGAGGAGGAGAACGAGCAGCCGCCGCUCAUCCUGGAGACUGACUGAUCCGACAGGCUGACGGUGCAGAGGGCUCCUCUGGUGCUGCUAUCGAACAUCAGACCCAAAUGGGGUGGGGUGGG